GUUGCUAAAUAAAGUCGACAAAGGAUAGACAGCCAUGGGGGGUUGUAAAAUUGUUACGACAACCGGCGUGGUUUCAAAAAUAAACCAAGAGAUUGCAAAUGCAAACAAUCUCUGUUGAGAAAGUUGUCUUAUCACAUGUCAAAUAUUGGAUCUGCAAUCUUAGUGGAGUGAACGCGUGUUGUUUAUCACAUAUUACAAGCUAUAUAAGCACGCGGGGCUUGAUACAGAAUCACAACUUUGAGAAGAUACAAGAAAUAUGAUGAAGUUUUUGGCAACCUUAUGUUUUGUGUAUGUUGGUCUUAUUGGCAAUGCUGUGGCCAUUGUGGAACAAGAAGUGGAUGUGACAUUAACAUUUGAAGAAGUGACGGCUUACUUGGGCAACUCUGCCACCUUAGAAUGCGAUUACACCAUCUCUAGUGGGCAGGAUCUUCCAGUCACUGUAACAUGGAAGCAAGGAGAUGGACCACGGUAUGCUGAAGAGAUAUUUACAUGUACAGGGUACACCAAGGAGGACAAAUCUUGUGUGAACGCACAAGUGACAAAAAUCGAAUAUCUGAACCGACUUCAGAUUGCUAACUCAUCUCCUUCGUUGGUAUUUACAAAGGUUGAGGGAGAAGACAACCAUAACUACUGGUGCCAAGUUGCCAUUGAAGGAAGUAACAUGGGUGAGGAACAAGUUGAUAUGAAGUCGGUUGUGUUGCGUGUACGUGGUGGACAUGAAAGCCCCAAGUUGCACUCGGUUACCAUUGAAGCCAACAGUGUUGGUGAGGAAGGAGCCGAUAUUCAAUUGGAUUGCGAUUGCACAGGUUCCCACUGUGAUGAUGUAGCUUGGUUCAAAGGACCAACCAACGACCAACAUACAGAGUAUGACAUGGUGUAUACGAGAACAUCAGGUUCAAGACCAACGCCAACACAGUAUGUUCCAUAUGGGGAUUGGAAAGGCAGAGCAUCACUAAGUGGCAACAGUUUAGUGAUAACUGGUCUAAAGGCGUCCGACGCUGGUAGGUAUUGGUGCGAGAUGAGAAAUGCUGCAAUGUAUGGGAUCGGGGAGGUCGCUACCGACGCUAAAUCUACUGUAGUUGAAAUAAUCAGUGAAAAUGAUAGAAAUGUAUUCACAUGCGAGGGAAAAGCUGAUGGUCUUUACGCCGAUCCUUACCAGUGUAACAUGUAUUACGAAUGUGUGAUGUAUGUUAAAUAUCACAGACCAUGCCCCACUGGUACUGUAUUCGCCCCUGGUCACCCAUUAUAUGCAUGUGAGCACCCUGUUAAUGUACCAGCACCUUGUGGGACACUUAAAAAUAACUAAAUUUAAUCUAACAAUGCUGCUGCUUUGCUUCUUACCUAUAUUUUAUAAUUACUUUAUUUGUACAUUUUCAGAUUUUUUUGGGAUAAUUAUGUCACACAUUUUUUUAUGAAUUCAAUCAAAAGUGCAUUUUGCUAGCUUUAUGACAAACAAUUUAAACAUUAUUUAAUCGUAUAUUAAUCUUCGCUUGCAAUUUUGUCAUGCCAAUAAACAACCCAGACCUUUA